AGAGAGAGAGAGAGAGAGAGAGAGAGAGAGAGAGAGAGAGAGACAAAGAAAGAAACUUGAGCGGCUAAUAUUGAGGUUUCUCUCACCGUGGCCUCCAUGCCAUUCGUGGAACUUUUCAACUUCAAGUUAUUAUUAUAUGUUACAAAAGCCAAUUGAACCCCGAAGCCAACCAGUCAAAGAAUCUACCAAUCCAUUUUCGAAUUAAUUUCUGUUUUCCGGUGAAGUUACGGGACAUAAUUGAUUCUGACGGUACUUAUCAACGAGAAGGCUAUCAAAUACCUUAUAAGAGUGCAAAUGCUGAAAUUUUAGCCAUCAAAGUAGUGCUGGAGUUUGCCCCCAACUGAACUAUAACAGGAUCAGAAUAUAUUCAGACUCCAUACAAGCCGUCCAUACUUUCAAUUGUGAUCAGGCCUUCGAUCACCCAUUGCGAGAUGACAUAGCGUUUAUUAGAAACUUCCUCUUCCUGAAUGAGGGGGUGACACUGCAACAUUCUCACACACAGAUUAUUCGAUGCGCAGAUUACAUGGCCAAAAUGGGUCAAGCAGGUCGACUUGAGGCGACUUUGCUACCCUGGGUUCCUAACGAGUGCCUUGAUGUGUACUUGACCCCCGCUUUAUUUUGUCAGACUUCUUCCAAGCUUAACUUGCCUCUUGUUAUUUCAAAAAAAAACAAAAACGAUAAGGCUAUCGACGACAAUGUUGCUUCCCGGAGCUCUCCAAGUUCAUGGACUCGUCUUCCAAACUCAAUAGUAAUAAUUAUGUAGGAUCGCAGAGACUCCUCCCCUUAGCUCAGCAGCUUCGCCUUUACAAACCCCCAUCAUUUCACGGCGACAUGGAUGAGCAAACAAUGGAAGAAAAUGAGGCAAAGGUCGUUUUGCAGGUCGGGUUUCCAGAGUCCACCACUCCAACUGCUCAAAACCAGGAAAAAUUUAGACCUAAACGAGCUGCCGUUUUGAUCUGCAUUUUCGAAGGGGAUGCUGGGGAUCUAAGGGUGAUUCUAACUAAGCGAUCAUCCAAGCUAUCUACUCACCCGGGUGAAGUGGGCUUGCCUGGUGGGAAAGCGGAUGAAGGGGAUGAGGAUGAUGAAGAUACUGCAAAAAGAGAAGCGAAGGAGGAAAUUGGUUUGGACCCUGAACUUGUCAGUGUCGUUACUUUUCUUGAACCAUUCUUAUCCAAGCACCUAUUGAGAGUGGUUCCUGUCAUUGGCAUACUUCAUGACAAGAGAGCAUUCAAACCUAUUCUGAAUCCUGCUGAAGUGGAAUCGGUAUUUGAUGCACCUUUAGAGAUGUUUCUCAAGGAUGAAAAUCGUUGUCAGGAGGAGAGGGAGUGGAUGGGAGAGAAGUAUCUGAUACACUUCUUUGACUACGAAACCAAUCAUAAAAAGUAUAUCAUAACGGGUCUAACUGCCGGGGUCUUGAUUAGGGCUGCAUCAGUGGUGUGCCAGAGGCCCCCCGCUUUCGUGGAGCAAAAUCCCAGGUUCAAGAUUCCCCAGAAAGUAAGCAAGGUUUCUGUAAUGCGUUGAGUUGGAGAUAAUUAUACUGUUUGAUCCUUCAACUUAUUCUUAAAGUGCACUAAGCACUCUAGAUAAUCUUACUUCCAUUGUAUGUAUUGAAAGAAAGGAAAAGGAGUGGGGUUCCAUUGCUGCUUACAGAAUGUAGGCCCAAAAGUUGGCGGGUUGUUGAAUUGCCUCAGAAAUAGUUCUAGGAACACAUGAGGACUACUUGCUUGCCUUCCCUCACUUGCUUGCCCUUUUUUAAAAUUUGAAAUUCUUGUAAGGUUGCUGCAUGGAUAUAAUUAGUACUGCAAUGUACUUCACUGA